AUGGACAACUUCACCUCCAUCGCCGACUGUGAAGGGUCGUUCGGCCCCGCUGCAUCGGUGUGCAGCGACCGCUUCGACUUCACGCUGCUCUUUGAACAAUCGCUCCUCAACAUCGGCCCGUCCGCCGCCCUGCUCUUGGCGCUCCCGCUCCGGCUGCAACAGCUGCUCCGCCAGCGCCGAAAGGUGCUCCGCCAUCCCCUCAACGCCGCCAAGAUCGUAACGUGCGUCACUUUUGGUGUGAUUCAGAUUGCGCUGGUGUCGCUGUGGGCUCAAACGCCGUUCGCCAACCGCGUCUCGGUCGCUGCGGCAGUCCUCGGGGUGCUGGAUGCACUCGCGCUCGGCGUGCUUAGCCAUACCGAACACGUUCGAUCGAUCCGCCCUUCGACAAUCAUCUGCGUUUACCUCGUCUUCUCUCUGGCAUUUGAUGCCGUGCAAUGCCGCACGCUAUGGCUUCUUCCCGGAUUGCAGAAACUGGCGGCAGUCUUCACAGCCUCACUGACGGUAAAGCUGGCGAUGUUUAUGCUUGAAGUCCAAGGGAAGCGUAGGUUCCUCAUUGCCGCGCUACGGAACCUUAGCCCCGAGACGACGAGCGGCAUCAUUGGUCGCGGUUUCUUCUGGUGGCUCAACGGGUUGAUGACGCGGGGGUUCAAGGCGACUCUCUCACCCGCUGCGCUCUACGAUAUCGAUGAGGGUCUAAAAUCAGAGGAGCUUCUCCAGCGCCUGCUCCAGCAGUGGGACCAGCGCAAGGGAAAGGGCAAGUAUGCACUUAUCAAGGCGCUCUUCAGCUCGACCAACAAAGCUUGCAUGGCCACGGCGUUCCCUAGACUGGUUCUCAUUGGCUUCAAAUUUGCGCAGCCGUUCCUGAUCAACAGAAUCAUCACCUACGUCGACGGCGACAAGGGAUCCGACCCCAAGUCUGUGGCUUAUGGACUCAUCACAGCCACCGCAAUGAUUUAUCUUGGCACAGCUGUACGUAAAAUGCUCGUUCUAAGGUGGAAGUCCAUGUGCUAA